AUGGCGCCUCCGAACCUCACGCAUGAGGACGACAACGGCGAGCACACGAUGGGCGCGAUUGACCAGCUCGUCGAAUCAUCGCACCCUUCCGCAGACCAGAGUGGCCCCACCAUUCAUCAGCCGACUCACGCCAUUGACGAGCAUCAUCACGGUUGGCUGAAGAAGUUGGUGCCCGGCGUCGAGCACUUGGCAGUCAAGGAAGAUUGUGGCAAUUUCGUCAGGCGAAGGGAUGGAUCUGAGUACUUUGAGCCGAUGCCUCUUUACGUGCGCUUGUCGAUGCACUUGCUCUUUGUCUCUGUCGGCGGACACACGGCACUGCUCAAGACGAAACGCCUCGAGGAGAAGUUGAAGCAGCAGAGCAUCAGGCAGGGAGAGCUGUACGAUAGUCCAGAGGGCGCAAGGGCUGCUAUCGACCAUUUCGUGAAGGACUACUCGCUCGAGUCUUCGCUAGACACUUUGCUCGACCCUGAUCUCGACUCGUACAAGAAUUUCAAUGAAUUCUUUUCGCGCAAGCUCAAGCCGGAUGCUAGACCCAUCGCAGCCCCAUCGGAGGAGAGUGUCAUCACAUCAGCAGCAGACUGCCGCCUCACUGUCUUUCAAUCCAUCACCAAAGCGAAGCAGUUCUGGGUCAAAGGACAGCAAUUCGAUUUUGCCAACCUUGUCGAGUCUGAGGCCAUCACCUCGCUGCCUGCCUUCAAGAACGCGGACGACUUGUCGAUUGCGAUCUUCAGACUUGCUCCUGCAGAUUAUCAUCGCUUCCAUGCUCCCGUCUCUGCUAGCCUGGGACCGACGACAGAGAUCCAAGGAGCAUACUAUACUGUCAAUCCACAAGCAAUCAAGGAGAAAUUCGAUGUCUUUACAGCCAAUAGACGCGACGUGGUCGUGCUGGACACGAAGAGUGCCGAUGGAUCGUCGACAUUCCCAAUCGCGUUUGUCGCUGUCGGGGCCAUGCUCGUAGGCGCCAUCCGUUGGUCUGCGAAAGAAGGUGAGCAGGUCAAGAAAGGCGAAGAGCUCGGAUGGUUUCAAUAUGGGCAAGUCUCUUCAAGAAACCAAAGCAGACGUGUGCUGAAGAUUCGUUGCAGAGGCUCAACCGUUAUUGCUGUCUUUCCAUCUGGCUCGAUGAAAUUCGAUGAUGAUCUCGUCAAGAAUUCUGAAGACUCGGUAGAAACAGAGGCCAGCUCAGCUGAGCAGAUUGCCAAUCGGAGUAUCCGUAUCACGCAUGCAAGAGAUGAGAUCAUCAAUCUAUUUGGCUCUAUCUCCCUUAUCACCACGCGGAUCUGCAGCCGCUAUUCCCUCGGGCAGUCAUCCGCAAAAUCCGCUCACGAGCUGGCCAAGCAAGCAAACUGGGCCGCUAUGGCACCGCCCACUUUAACGCAUGAGGAUGCAGCCGGCGAGCACACAAUGGGUGCGAUCGACAAACUCGUCGAAUCAUCAGGAAAAGAGGGCGACCGCCUGCAUGCGCCUCCCGUACACAAGCCAGUGAUGGCAGUCGAGUCCCACGAGAGUCACUACUUUUGGCUUCAGCGUUUGGUCCCAGGACUGCAGUAUUUGGCAGUCCGCGAGGAUUGUGGCAACUUUGUGCGGAGACGAGAUGGUACACAGUACUUUGAGCCGAUGCCCUUGUACGUUCGGCUGUCGAUGCAUCUCCUCUUCGUCUCUCUCGGAAGCCGUACAUCAUUGCUCAAGACUCGGAGACUCGAAGACAGACUUCAGCAACAGAGCAUCCGGCAAGGAGAACUCUACGACAGCCCGGAGGGCGCCAGGAUGACCAUCGACCACUUUGUCAGGGACUACGCGCUCGAACCUACUCUAGACACACUGCUCAAACCUGACCUGGACUCGUACAAGAAUUUCAACGAAUUCUUUUCGCGCAAACUCAAGCCGGACGCCCGGCCAAUAGCAAGUCCUUCCGACGAACGCAUCGUCACCUCCGCAGCAGAUUGUCGUCUGACCGUUUACCCGUCAGUCGAUCAAGCUAAACAGUUCUGGGUCAAAGGAGAGGAAUUCAAUUUUGCCAAUUUAGUCGAUUCUGAUGCAAUCACCGGCUUGCCCGGCUUCAAGGAUGGAGACAUCUCGAUUGCAAUCUUCAGACUUGCGCCUGCUGAUUAUCAUCGAUUCCAUGCGCCACUUUCUGGACGGCUUGGCCCAACAACAGAGAUCAAGGGAGCCUACUAUACCGUCAAUCCACAAGCAAUCAGAGAGAACUUCGAUGUCUUCACCGCGAACAGACGCGAUGUCAUGGUCAUUGAGACACCCUGCCUCGAUGGCGCGUCGACAUUCCCGGUUGCAUUCGUCGCGAUAGGAGCCAUGCUUGUAGGCGCAAUAUGCUGGUCGCGAAAAGAAGGCGAUCAAGUCAAGAAAGGAGAUGAGCUGGGCUGGUUCCAAUACGGGGGCUCGACUGUCAUUGCCGCUUUCCCCUCUGCUUCGAUCAAAUUUGACGAUGACCUCCUCAUCAACUCACACGAAUCAGUGGAAACCGAGAUCAAGAUGGGGGAGCGGAUCGCUGUCAAGAUCUGA